AUGUCGCCUUCUCGAGACGACUACACUCUACCCCGGCAGAACGGCCCCGAGCCUGUCACGCAGAAGAAGCAAGAGCCUCACCUGCUGCAUCGAUCAUUAAUCGAAGAACCCUCGCUAGUGGAAAAAGCCCACGGGGUAGAACUAUACCUCUCCAACGGCCAAACAGUCAUCGACGCCUGCGCCGGGGCGGCAGUUGCAGCAAUCGGUCACGGGCACGAAGAAGUCCACCAAGCAAUCAUCGACCAACUUGCAAAAGUCAGCUACGUGCACACCCAAUCUUACACGACCGCUGCCGCAGAGGAGCUAGCGAACUUCAUUCUCGAAGGGAGUCCCUAUGGCCUCGAAAAGGCCUUCUUUGUCGGAAGUGGUAGCGAAGCCGUCGAGUCGGCAUUGAAGCUUGCCCGUCAGUAUUUCUAUGAAAAGGGCGAAUCACAACGGAUUCAUUUAGUGGCUAGAAAGCAAAGUUAUCAUGGGAAUACAUUGGCUGCGAUGUCCAUCUCUGGUAACCUGGCGAGAAAGGUGCCUUAUCAGGAUUUUGCGUAUCAGCAUGUUUCCCAUGUUUCGCCGGCGUAUGCCUACCGCUACAAGGGGGAUACUGAAACAGAGGAACAAUUCAAAACUCGAUUAUUGCAAGAGAUAGAAGAUGAGUUUCUGCGCAUCGGUCCUGAAAAGGUCAUUGCCUUUAUCGCGGAGCCUGUAGUGGGUGCAACGUCUGGUUGCGUGGCCGCGCCACGGGGAUACUUUGCGGGAGUCCGUGGGCUGUGCAAUAAAUACGGCAUCCUUCUGAUCCUCGACGAAAUCAUGUGCGGUGUAGGCCGCACAGGAUCUUUCUUUGCCUUCGAGCAGGAACAAGACGUUAUUCCCGAUAUUCUCACCGUCGCGAAAGGACUUGGAGGUGGUUACGCAGCGAUAUCUGGUGUCUUGAUCCACAAGAAAGUCAUCGAUGUGCUUCGGCAAGGAAGUAACGCAUAUAACAACGGGCAUACGUACCAAGCACAUCCCACAUCUUGCGCUGCGGCGUUAGCAGUGCAGAAGAUCGUUCGCCGGGAAGGUCUUGUGUCGCGAUGUGCGGACAUGGGUCGCGUCCUGGAAGAGCUGCUCCGUAGCGAGCUUAAGGAUUGCCGAUCGGUUGGUGAUAUUCGUGGCCGGGGUCUAUUCUGGGCUGUUGAGUUUGUUCGCGAUAAAGAAUCCAAGGAGACUUUCGAUCUGGCUCUUAAAUUCGGCCUGCGUGUUCAGCAGGCUGCGUUCGAGAAGGGCGUGGCUAUCUAUCCAGGUGCUGGUUCUGUUGAUGGAUUCCGAGGUGAUCAUGUAUUGUUGGCGCCGCCAUUUAUCAUAACGGAGGAGCAGUUGAAAACAGUCUGUCGGGUCCUGCGAGAGGCGAUCGGGGCCGUGGAAAGUGAAGUUCUUGCAUGA